GAGGUUUGUGCGACACAGGUGCAACCUUCUACGUUCAUUUCUUGCUUGCUAUUUGUUUCACCACCUCGCGAUAAUACACUGCCCACGGCGAUAUUGGACACGGACUCUUACUGGCCUGCGAUUUGAUAUGCGAAACUUGGUCCCGCGACCACGUAACGAUGGGAGCUUGCGCAUCAUGUUUGGGACGGCGUAAUGGAGACGCCUACGACGAGGAAGAGGAGAACCGUCUUCUUUACGAUGACGCCAACGGCAUACAAUACGGUAGUUUCGGAGACCAGUCCCUGAACGGCGAGAACGACACACUCGAAGCGCAGCGAGAAAACGAGGCCCUUCAGCGAGUAGUUGCCAAGACAUCAAACAACAUGGUGGACAUCUUCGACAUAGCACCGCAGGAUAACGCUCCCCGUGGAACGACGACGCCGUUUGCCUACGCCGGCCAAGGUGCCCGUCUCGCUCGAUACCAACACCUCGUGUCAAAACUUAGCAACCAGGGCGAAAGCCCCGCCAACGCGAAUGGCGUCAAGGUCGAUUGGAUACCGGAAGACGAGACGAUCGAGAUGCAGAAGAACGGACCGGCCAGCAUCAAGACCCUCGAGAGCGAUGAAGGUCCUCUCGUCGGAACCUUUGCGGAUGCUGCAGCGGCGAUGCAGUAAAAAAUAAUAUUUCUCUUGGCCAUCACAUACAGUGAUGCUCUGCCAGGAAACAUAGAAGCCAGUGUCUGGAUGUGGGGGCUCUGUCGACAGCUGCGGCAUGGAUACAGAGUACACCUUUUCCAUGCGAGACACAACUGACGAUGCACGUCGUACCUUUAUCUUCGAAACCUCCGAUAUCCCAGCCUUGUUGGGGGGCUGGCUUAGCCCGGAAACACCCAUGCUGGCUGGUUGGGGAUGGCAUCUUACCUUGAACAUGCGGAUAAGCCGUGACGACAAGACAACGAAAAGAAACGACAAACUCUUUGACAUUUCCUUACCAACCAUCAUUUCCUACCUACCUACCUACCUACUUACCUAUCCAAGACUCUCGAUUAAUUCAGCGCGGCACAUGAUUGGUCGCUAUCAACGCAAAGCAACCCUCCUGUUCGGCAAACAAAAACGGCUGUUGCAUAAAUCGCGGGCGGUGGUCUCACUUUGUUCAUUUCAUACGGACGAAUGCAUGGGGCCUUUCUUUUUUUUGGCCUUUCUUUUUUUUGGCCUUUCUUUUUUAUUUUUACUUUCUUGAAACUUUUCCUUCAAUCUUUGUCUUUUGAUUGAUGUGGGCAUGGAAGUGGACUUGUACAAACAGACACACCAAUCGAAUUUCACAGAAUUUUUUCC